AGGGUGUGUCUACCGACAGCUAAUGUGAAGUGUUUCAAUGAGGAACUGCUGGCCAGUUACAAGAAAGACUGGUGUGUUGAUUGUUCUGAAUUCAGCCUUGGAUGAAACCAUACCAUGGAAACAUCGAUACCUUCACUUCUGCUGGUUCUGUGGCUCAAGAGUUUGCUGAAUUGGCUGGUGGUCGUGGUGCAGCGACAUUACAUGACCAGGAGCUUCUCAGGAUUCUUCUGCAUUUCCUUGGCACUGAUUGACAGUCUCUUGAGUUUUUUCCUCGUGGCUAUUUUCUAUCUGGAAGACUUCAGCAUCUCAGGCUGGCGCUUCACCAGGUAUCACAUAUGCCUGCUGGCUCAGAUUGCUUGUUUUAUCUACGCUGUGCUCCACUGGCCCGUGUUCCUCCUUGUAGGACUAGACAAUUUCUGGACGCUAUCAUCAAGCUCAACACAAACAUCCUGGAAACAAAAGCUUACUUACAUAGCUGGAGUGUGUCUCCUUUGGAUUCUAGCAGCUUUGUACGUUUUCUGGGAGCCUGAUUUUGUUCUGUUUUUAGGAGAUUUUGAGAAGCACCAGUGCCAGCUGUUUAGCAGAUCUCCGAGCUCUCAGGUUCUCGUAGCAUUGCUGCUGACGGUCACCUGUGUCAUUCUUUACUCGUACGCACCGUUUGAGAAAUGGAGGGUGCGUGUGUUUCUGCAUUCCACUCAACAAAGCUGCUUGGUUUGUUUAAGGCGGGCCAUGCAUUCGUUCCUCAGCACGUGGGCCUCGUUUCUCGUUCUGAUGAUCAUCUCGCCGCUGCUGCAGAUAGAGAUGCACACACACCUGCAGCUGAACGUCAUCUGGUUGUGUUUCGUCAACAGCUUUUUCGUCGCUCUGGCUCUGUGCGGUCGCUCUAUUUCGUCAAAUUCCAAGAAAAGCGACACAAUCACAGACGGGUUUUGUUCCUGGUACUUUUGUUUUACAUAUGGAGCCGACGAGAGGAAUUAUGGACAACAAUCCAAUGACCGCACUCAAGUUAAAACAGUAAAUAUUUGAUCAUGUUUACUUCGGAGAAGCCGUUUUUCUUUGCUUUCUUGUUUGCCAAAAAAAAAGCUAAUUUUUUUUGCACA